AUGCGGCGUCCACGCCGGCACCGCUGGUUGGUGGUGUCGGUAUUCUUCAUUGCGUACUCCGUGUUCCAAGCAGUCCUGGGUAAGCCGUCUGAACCAGCCGACAUGCAGCCAGUUGAAAAGGUCACACCUUCCGUCGAGAAGGCCACUAGUUUAGAUAAAGAAACGGAACAAAAAGUUACGGCAAUUAUAGCAAAACUGGAAGAAAUAAAAGCAACGGAAGGAAGUAAGAAAGCAAUGAAGGGUUUGUUGGACGAAGAGGAAGAAGAAGGGGAGAAAAAGAAGCAAAAAGACGCUGGAUAUAUAGAUGACAAAGAGACAGAAGAGAUUCGUAAAGAGGAAAAAAUAGAAGAGAUGGAGGACGCCAUUGCUACAGUCCAUCCAUUAAGAAAUUGUACCCCGCCGGCUAUCGAACAGUUUCCUCACCCCUUGAUGAGUCAAACGGCUCGUAAGCACGGCGGACUUAUCAUCCACAUUUUAGUGGCUGUGUUCACCUUCAUUGGCCUGGCUAUCGUUUGUGAUGAGUACUUCGUGUGCAGUCUUGACAGGAUCUGUGAAGAGUUGAAGUUAACCCCUGACGUGGCUGGGGCUACUUUCAUGGCAGCUGGAAGUUCUGCACCUGAACUGGCCACAGUGGUUAUCGGAGUGUUUUGCGCGCAAGACGAUAUCGGUGUAUCUGGCGUGAUCGGCUCAGCAGUUUUCAAUAUAAUGUUCGUGAUAUCGGUGUGUGCCCUUUGUGCCGGCACUGUGUCUCACCUCAAUUGGUGGCCACUCUGCCGCGACUGCUUCUUCUACGCCAUUUCAAUUCUCGUCAUGCUCUGUACUAUCGCCAACAAUUACGUGUCAUGGCCCGAAGCCCUGUUCAUGUUAAUAAUGUACGGGGUAUAUUGCGUAGCGUUGCGCUUCAAUAACGCCCUUGAGGCCUGGGUCCUCACUUGGCCUCUGCCUUUUAAACUACCGACCCGAGAAGAGCAGGCUGCGUUAGUGACUUAUAAAAGCGGCACGCCCGCACCAGCUCAGGGCGCAACGUCACCUUAUGGUAAUGUUGAGGGGGAGCAGAAGGAAUCGCCUUCAGAACCAGCUCCGUACAACCCGAGUGGUGCUUACGAAAACGCGGCCUACAACGCAGACCCCGCUCCUGUUUGGGAUCCAAACUCCACCUGGGAUGCUAAUAACGCCUGGGAACAAGAGACGACAUUACAGCAACAGCCCGCUAACCAAGGCUGGGGCGGCGGUGCUUCACAACAACAGCAACAGCAACAAAAUGCACAGACACCAUCAACACCUGGGCAGGUUGAGCAACAACAACAACAACAGCCGCAGCAGCCACCUGGUCCAGCGUACUACAAAGCGAGAGAUUACAACCCAGAAACGGCUGUGAAUCCCCUAGUUAAACCAGAAGGAGCGAACCAAGUGCAACUAGCCUGCUGGUACGUUGCGUACCCCAUUCACUGGACUUGCCGACGCACCAUGCCCGACUUCCGAGGCCGCUGGUACCCCAUCACCUUCAUCAUAUCCAUGCUGUGGAUCUCUUUUUACUCCUACUUCAUGGUCUGGAUGAUCACUGUUAUCGGCUACACACUGGGAAUACCCGAUACAGUGAUGGGUCUCACGUUCGUGGCAGCUGGUGUGUCCGUCCCUGAUGCGCUCUCGUCCCUCGCUGUCAUCAAGGAAGGAUACGGAGAUAUGGCAGUUUCAAAUGCGGUCGGGUCCAACGUUUUUGACAUUCUCGUCUGCCUUGGGCUACCCUGGUUCAUUCAGACCGCCAUUAUCCAUCCUGGCAGCCAUGUCAAUGUUAUCAGUAAAGGUCUAAUCUACUCCACACUGUCCCUGUUCUCGACGGUCAUAUUCUUAGUGCUGGCAACACACGCGAACGGCUGGAAACUGGACCGAAAGUUCGGAGCUGUGCUGAUGGUUUGGUAUCUUCUCUUCAUCACCCUCGCUAGCCUCUAUGAGCUGAAUGUGUUCGGAGAUUACCACCCACCUGACUGCCUGUCUACGUAUUAG